UCCUACGGUCAAUACCAUUCACUCACCUGUGCUUCACUCACCUUUCUCUCAGCCGUCGUUAAUAUUUGCUUUUGUUUCUCCGUCAUGGCUAAGAUCAAGAUCGGAAUCAACGGAUUUGGAAGGAUCGGCCGUCUGGUUGCGAGAGUUGCUCUCCAAAGCGAUGAUAUUGAGCUCGUUUCUGUUAAGGAUCCUUUCAUCACCACUGAUUACAUGACCUAUAUGUUCAAGUACGAUAGUGUUCACGGUCAAUGGAAGCACCAUGAACUUGAGGUGAAGGACUCAAAGACCCUGCUAUUUGGUGAAAAGCCUGUCACUGUUUUCGGCUUCAGAAACCCCGAGGAAAUCCCAUGGGGUGAGACCGGAGCUGAUUAUGUUGUUGAGUCCACUGGUGUCUUCACUGACAAGGACAAAGCUGCUGCACACUUGAAGGGUGGUGCAAAGAAGGUGGUCAUCUCUGCUCCCAGUAAGGAUGCCCCCAUAAUUGUUGUGGGUGUCAAUGAGAAGGAAUACAAGGCCGACCUUAACAUUGUCUCCAAUGCUAGCUGCACUACUAAUUGCCUUGCUCCAUUGGCUAAGGUCAUCCAUGACAAGUUUGGCAUUGUUGAGGGUCUUAUGACCACUGUCCAUUCGAUUACUGCUACUCAAAAGACUGUUGAUGGCCCAUCAAUGAAGGACUGGAGAGGUGGUAGAGCUGCUUCCUUCAAUAUCAUUCCUAGCAGCACUGGAGCUGCCAAGGCCGUUGGCAAAGUGUUGCCAUCAUUGAAUGGCAAGUUCACUGGAAUGGCUUUCCGUGUUCCCACUGUUGAUGUCUCUGUGGUUGACUUAACGGUGAGAUUUGAGAAGGCAGCUUAUUAUGAAAAUAUUAAGGCUGCCAUCAAGAAUGAAUCUGAAACCAACAUGAAGGGAAUUCUUGGUUACGUGGAUGAAGAUUUAGUCUCAACAGACUUUGUUGGAGACUCCAGGUCUAGCAUUUUUUAUGCCAAGGCAGGAAUUGAUUUGAGUGACAACUUUGUUAAGCUUGUUGCUUGGUACGACAACGAAUGGGGUUACAGUUCCCGAGUGAUCGACUUGAUCCGGCACAUGGCUUCUGUUAACUGAGUGAUUUUGGCGUACCGAUCAUUGCAUCCUGGGAAUUUUCUUGAAAUUUAGAAGAGGUUGCCAGAGAAUAUAAGAUUGCAUGGAACAUUUAUCAGCCAACC